UCCAGUAGUGUCUCCAAAUUGGCGCUCCAUACAGUACAAUUCCGAAUCUCAUCAUCCUCGAGCCUUGAAGACAAUGCGAUGUCUCUGACAAUCCAUUCAGACCUUGGUGACAUCAAAAUUGAACUGUUUUGUGAGCAAGUUCCAAAAGCUUGUGAAAAUUUCCUGGCAUUAUCAGCUAGUGGCUUCUACAAUGGUUGCAUCUUCCAUAGAAACAUUAAGGGUUUUAUGGUACAGACUGGGGAUCCAGGUGGCACAGGCAAGGGAGGCAACAGUAUCUGGGGCAGCAAGUUUGAAGAUGAAUUUGUAGAUACAAUUAAGCAUAAUGUACGAGGUGUAGUAUCAAUGGCAAAUAAUGGACCAAACACAAAUGGCUCUCAGUUCUUUAUAACUUAUGCUAAACAACCUCACCUAGACAUGAAGUACACCAUCAUUGGCAAAGUGAUUGACGGAUUAGAUACUUUGGAUGAACUGGAGAAAUUGCCUGUUAAUGAAAAGAACUACCGCCCUCUAGAGAGAGUUUGUAUCUCAAAUAUUACAAUUCAUGCCAACCCUAUAGCUGAUGGAAGUAUUUAGAACAGCAACAUACACCAGUAAAAUCAUAAAGGUGCCUAAAUAUGUUACUAAAAAUAGCAUAUAUUAACGUAAUCUCUUGGCUAAAAACAAUUGCUGCAAGAAUGCUAUUAUAGUGGUAUGCGAUGAAUAUUUAUGUAGCUUCUUAAUGCCAACGAGUCUAAUGGAUGCACAAAGCAGCUGAUACAAUGCAAUUGUGUAAGCACAAUUCAGAAAGUGCCUUUUACAUAUAUUUAAUAUCUUGUAAUUGUGCAAAUGUGAAAGAGUAGCACAAGUUAGUGCCGUCGAACCCACAACAGGUGGAGGUAGCGCAGAGAUUGGCAAAAAAUUGUUCAAAGGGCUGAAGUGAACUUUUGAUUGAACACUAAAGCCAGGCACUCACUGCACCCAAUGAUCCAUUCAGACUGCCACUGAAAGCGCUCACAGGGAGCAGAAUGCAGGGCGGGCGGAACGUUUUUCAAAGUGGGGGGCCCCACUCUUUCUUUUCUUGCAUUUCUCUCCAGUCAAACAAAAAUCUGCAUAGACAUUAUAUUCUGCCAAAAAGUGGGGGCCUGGGACCCCCCGGUUCCGCCGGCCAUGGAGUGAGACGCAGUGAGUGUCCGGCUUAAGGGACACACACAAAUGUAGACAUUGUGACAAUUUGACAUUUCCAGUGUGCUUGUGAAAAAGUAUAUGCACUUUGUGCUCAGUUUUAAUAUUAAUUUUUAAAAUUAUUGGCAUUGGGUCAUAACAUAAAGGGUUUUUUAGCCAAAUAUUUUUUUCGUAGGAUGGCAAAGCAAAAUCUCAUGAAUUAUUCAUAUCAUCAUAGUUAGGUGGUUAAACAAAACACUACAUCUGAGUCCAAAGGUUGUUUGUUUAAGAGCAUUAAUGUAGGUUUAUACAGAAGAACAUAAGGGGUUUAUUGGUUUAUUGCUUUGAAAACCAGUGACAGUGGAUUUCUGUUUUGAAGGAACAAACACUGGAAAAAUAUUACCACCCAAUAAAGUCAAUGUAAACAUUCUUUGUAAAGCUUGAUUUUCAUCAUUUAUUUCACUUCUGUACAUUUAAUAUACAAGAGGUACAGCAAUAAGAAAGUAGUAAAUGCAUUUGGCAGGGUUGUUAUAUAAUUUAUAAAUGAAUACUGUACAACUGUCAAAAAGCCACUUCAUACAAAAACACUGUGUAAAUUUUAAGUCAUAAUAAAUCUACAACAGGCAAAUCCUGCUAACACACA